AGUUGAAGAGAUGACGCACGCCCAGAAGACGUCGCCUGUCGAUAUGAAGAUCGCCACCAUCAAACCACGGCCAUCCAGUCGCUGUUUGGUGACAGCAGCUGAUAUCAAUUCAUUAUAUCAUGACCGCCAGGGAGUAGCAGUGGUGCCACCCACUGUGCCGGGGGCUUUCCUGGGGCUACCUGAGAAGAGCACUUUGAAAAAGCAGAAGUCCAUAGGUACAUCGGAGGACGACAAACAUGGAUUCCUCACGCCUCCCUUACUCAAGUUUGCCCGCAGCCUCUCCAUGCCCGACACCUCAGAGGACAUCCCUCCUCCCCCAGCCAUUUCACCCCCUUCUCCACCUGACUUCAACUCUGGUCCAACACCCAAGAGCUACGGCACCACACGACCCAGCUUCACCCAGAACUCAGCCAAUGUGGUGAAGACCAUUAGCCGAAACACCGACGCCGGUACGUUACGGCGCGGCUAUUACCGGCAGAGCUCUGAGCAGUUUGACUCGCGCAUUCGAGGGCGCGCUCCAGUACCGGAGAACCCUUACUCCGAGGUGGGCAAUAGGAACCUGUACGUGCCAGCCAAACCAGCUCGAAGGAAGGGCAUGCUUGUAAAACAGCACAACGUUGAGGAUAGUCCGGAGAAAAAGAGUCACAUGUCAUCAAACCCAUCGGGCGCGGUUUCCAUGCCUACUACGCCUGUAGAACGAACUUGCUCCUCCAUCCCCAUCCCUACCAUCAUCAUCAAGGAGCCCUCCACCAGCAGCAGUGGCAAGAGCAGCCAGGGUAGCAGUAUGGAGAUCGAGCCCACCACCCCCGAACACCCUCCUCUCAUGCCUGUUGGUGGUUUGCGUCCCGAAGACCCGUCUUUAGGCAACCCCUUUGCCGCAGCUAUUGCUGGGGCAGUAAGGGACCGGGAGAAGAGGCUAGAGGCAAAAAAGCACUCAAUCGCCUUCCAGUCAAUAGAUAUUGGGGAUGAUGACUUCGGUAGUCCUACACCGACCCCUCGUCUUCGCCAUUCUAAGUCCAUCGAUGAAGGCAUGUUUAGCGAUGAGAGGCUUCGAAGGAUAUUGGGUCCCCCUGCACAGCUUGGUCGUCCUGUCGGGGGAGGUAGUGGCAACAUGACAGAUUUCAACUCUCCUGAGCCCACAGUGGUUCGGGAGCCUCUAAACACCAGAACAGGCCAGUGUCCCAACCUGGACAGUCCCGUUAGUCUCCCAUCCACACCUCCUAAGAGCCACUACAGGUCAAACGGGACUUACCUCCAUCCUGUUACAGGCAAACCCCUGGAUCCUAAUUCCCCUCUUGCUUUGGCCCUGGCAGCUCGUGACCGGGCGAUGAAGGAGCAACAGAACCAUCCUCAGAAUCAGCCAACAAAUCCUCCUCAGGUUCAGCAAACGCCUAAACACGAAGCCCAGUCCCUCCCAAGUCAGCCAAGCCACAAACCAGACCUCAAUCAACCGCUGUUUAUUGACACCAAACUACGCUCGGGGAUCGAGACAAGUUUUGCCGCAAUCUCAUCAGCAACCAUGGGGCGGCCUAGUCGAGGCGGUCUGCGGAGACAAAUGACGGAGCAGAAGUAUGAGUCUGAUGGGGCACGGGAAGAACGAAAGCAUCAGGCAGUUGAGGAGAGGAAAAGUGCGCCAGCGGAUGUGUCGGAUUUAUCACAGCAGUUAACUGGACUGUUGAUGGUCCACACCAGCAACGAAGCAAGCAACAAGGGAAACAACCAAGAGGUGGAGGGGCAGGACAGCAACAGGCCAUCGGAGCUGAAGGACCCCAACCAACCGGAUCCUCACAACUCUUCGUCACUGUCCCCCAAUCCCCAACCAACCUCAUUAAGGAGGAGGAGCAUGCCCUUGAAUGAGUCCAUUGACGAACCGGUAAAACUGCCCUUCCGCAUCCCACCACCCCCUCUUGCAUCAGUUGACAUCGAUGAGGAAUUUGAAUUCUCGGAUCCCCUCCCACCACCGCUGGAGUUUGCCAACAGUAUCGACAUUCCUGAUGAUCAGGCGAGUGCCAUUGCAGAGAUGAUUCAGCAACAGAGACGAAAUGGGGGUCCUAUUCUACCACCGUACCACCCUCACGCCCCGCCACCUGUCACCGAGCAACACAAACGGGUUGCAAACAACAUGCCACCCUCAUAUCCUCCCCCUCCACCGGAUUUGGAGUCAGGGGUGGGUGACUCGGGCAUCGAGGAGGUAGACAGCCGCAGUAGCGGGGAUCCUCAGCACAUGGAGACAACCAGCACCGUUUCCAGCAUCUCCACCCUGUCGUCAGAGGGGGGCUUCUGCGACAGCGCUCUGGAGAGCCUCUACGCCACCGCAGACGGACACGCCUUCCUGGUGGACCGGCCCCCUGUUCCCCCCAAACCCAAGGGCAAGUCCGUCAUCAACAGAACAUCGCUUUAUCAUGACGCUCUCAUUGAAGAGCCCCCGGAGUCCUAUGGAUCCCCGCCUCAGGACCCUCCCCCUCCUCCUUCAUCCUCUGAACCUCCUAGGACUCCUACUCAAAGGACAUCCAAGCUGUGGGGCGAUCAGCCGCCAGAGCUGCGCAGUCCCCCAUCAACACCAGACUCCAAGAACACCGUCAUCACCGAGCUGAGCUCCAUCCUGCAGCAAAUGAAUCGCGACAGGCCAGCCAAGCCAGGAGAAAGCCUCGACUCCCCCACAGGGACCAGGGGGGGCUUCGGAACAAGCUCACGCCUCUCCAUCUUCAUCUCCAUUUCCUCCUGUCUCCUGUAGUUCCUUCACCUCUUCUUUCUUCAUGUGUCUCACACCUU